AUGGAAAGAGUAAUUCCUCAAAAGUACCAGACCGAAAAUUUUGACCCUUAUUUAGAAGCACUAGAUAUUCUCACUCCCCCCUCCGUCAGCGAACAAAAAAAUCUUUUUCGCUCACGGAGGGGGUUAAUGUUUUUUUAAAAAUAUUGUUAUAAAUUUUAUAGACAAUUGUUUUUAAAAAUCCCACUUCGCAAAAUUGGAAAUCAAACAUUAAUUUGAUUUGUAAAAUUUAUGUUUUAAAAAGCAAUUUGUUUAAAGUUAAACAGAAUUAGCUAGAGAUUUCAUUAUACUAAUUACCACUUAUAUAUCAAAAAUUUUUUUUCACGGAGGGUGGGUUUUUGGGCAAAAAAUAGCGAUUUUUCUAAUGGUUUUGUUCACUCACGGAGGGAGGAGUCAGUGAUUUUUCGCAAUCCCAAAGCAAGUUUGAAGCUUUACAACAUAUAGGAGUAGGAUUAGAUAGAAUUGCAUCACAAAAUAUUGAGCAAAAUCAUGAUGAAAUUUCUACUUACUUGACAAACCUUAAAGAAGCAGAAGAAAUCAUUAUUGAUUAUUUAGCUUAUAUAAAAGAACUUAGAGAUGAGCUUAAGCAAUGCAAAGAAACACUCCAAGGCAAGCAAGUCGAUAUGAACGCUAUUUGGCUUAAAAGUAUUUACUACAAAAAAAUCACAAAUGGCCUCGAAGAGCUCUCAGACAUUCUAUCAAAUUUAAACUCUGUAAAUUCACUACUCAAAGAAAAGUUAUUUGCAAAAGCAGCGGCAUUAAUCCAAGAAAACACUUCAAAAAUUGAUGGAAAAGAAUAUGGGUACUUACCUGUCUGUCAAAGAAUAAAAGAAGCCUUUCAAAAUAAAAUCAAAGAUUUGACAGAUAACAUUAUAGCAGAGCUGAGGUCUUUGUUAUUUAUGAAGCAAGGGUCAUUCGAGCUUGAAAUCAAAAGAUAUGCGGUGGUAAGGACUUUAAGGAUUGAUUUCUUGCUCGCAGAGCAAGAAGAAAAAGAUUUAUGAGAAACAACUAACCCUAUUCCAGGGCUUCUUGAAUCCCUUUCUUCAGUAAACCAAUUAAAUCUAAUAGAAACUUUGUCAAUCAGAGAUAUCCAGCCUGAUCUGCAGCAUUUAUUUAAAGUAUGUUUUUCUCAGUUCCCAUCAUAUAUCCCAGAAGAUGAAUCUGAAAUCAAAAGCAACUUUUUGAUAUCUUUGUUACCAAAUGAGCAGGCCAGAGAGCAAGCCCUUAAAAUUAUUAAUGGAAUUAUUGCUGCAGCAGCUAUUGUCAUGAGAAACCAUUUUGCUUUAAAAAAGUGGCUGAAGCAAUAUAAUGCUGAUUUUUCUGUAAUCAGUGUAUGGGAAAAAAUAGAAAAAGAAAUAAAAGAUAUAUUCAGAGCUCUCAUCAAGCUUCCAAACCGUUUAGGGGAUGCUGCAAAUAUUGUAGAAAUGCUAGGAGAAAACGAGGAAAAAGAAUCUACGUACUCUUCAUUGCUUUCUUCAAUUAUCAAGCUCAAUACUUAUCAUUACCCUUAUCUUUAUAAACCAAUUAGUUUAUAUAUAAGACAAUUUACAGUAAAUGUAUUUGGGACUGACAUGAUAAAAGACGAAGGCUUAAACGAUGAAACCUUUUUCCAAUUUCUUGAUAUUUUAAAACAAGACAUUUAUGCACAAUUCUCUGCUUGUGUGACCUCAUCAGAAGCAUUUAGGUUCAAUAAAACGAAUUCUGCUGAUUUUAAUUCAUUUUUAGUGCUGAAUUCCAAUUUGAAAAUAAUUCUGGAAUUUAAAAAUUGCUUUUUAAGCUCGCAACAUUUAAGCUUUUUGGAAGUCAUUGCAAUUCAGUUUACUUUGCUGUUUAAAGAGUAAAUUAUAUUUAGACUUGGCUCAUUAUUUGAAAACCAAACUAAAGGCUCAGCUUAUUAUUCGUUAUUCAUAGAAGACUCAGACCUAUUUCAAGAAUUAAGGUCAGAUCCAGCUUUUUUUAAUGCAAGAUUAGAUAUCCCAGCUUAUGCAAAUGAAGCUUUUAUAAAUAUUAUUGGGAGGUCAGGCAGUCCUCCUGCAGGCCAAAUUUCUGAAAAAGAAGGUCAUUUUAUAAGAUUUGAAACCAUGGUAGACCAUCCUUUUAUUGGCGAAAGCGCGAAAUUAAGCUUCUUUGCUGCAUUAGCAAUCAAUAUAAAGACCACUUAUGAUAAUUUACUUGUAUGUUUGUCAAGCUUAUUGGAGCAUAUUUUUGAAAUAAACACUGAUGAAAAUAUGACCCCGCGGAGAAGCUCAAUCAGAUCUGAUAUUUCACUACAAGACUCCUCAGAAAAGAAAAAAGGAAAAUUCUCAACUUUUACAUCAAAAUUAAGAGAUGGACUUGGAAUUAAAAAAAAGAAAAAAGAAAAAGGCCCAACAACUGAAGCAGUUUUUAGGAUUGCAGAGCUAGAUAAAACUAUGGAAGACACCAAGCUGAAAUUGCGACAUCAAUUGUUGAAACUUCAUGAGCAGCAUGACAUGUCACUUUUUAUUUUGAGAGGGGAAAUUAAAAUGAGGAUCUUUUAUUUUUUAUUCCAUUUGAAAGAUGCAAAUUAUUGGAGAGAUGAAGAAAUACCUGAUGCGGAAUGGUUUAUUGGGCAGCUAAGCAGAGAAUUGCUAUUAGUGCACUUAGCUGUUAGACCUAUUUUAAAUGCGCAGCAGCUGAAAUUCAUUUGGGAAAAUGUUUUUAACAUAUUAGCAGAAAUGUUAAUUUUUGGAUUAAGCAAAAUUAAAGAUCAGCAGCUAUCAAAGCAGGGGUUAGCGAUUUACAUAAAAAAUAUUAAAGUUCUGCAAAGCGAGCUGAAUCAAAUAGAAAUCGUAAUUAUAACUUAGCCUGGAGUUUCUACAACAGAGCAGCUAACCAAAGUCAGCCAGUUUUUAGAGCUGCUUCAAUUAAAUGAAAAAACUCUUGUUCGAGUUAUCAGAGAAAAUCCAUAUCAAUUCACAACAGACCAAUGGAAACUUCAAAUGUCACUAAAAGUGCCUCUAAGACCUUAUGGAGUCCUCCCACAAACUCAAAGGACUUUAAAUGAAAUUUUGUCAGCAAAAAAAUAA